AUGGUUGCAUCAGCAUUACCAGCUGAAGCUAUUGAAGCUUUUGUUAUCCAAGUGCAUGAUGUACAUAUAGAUAAAGAUUAUUCUUAUGCUGGAGUGCGCUUCAAGAAUUGUAUUUAUGAAGAACUACUUACACCACAGAAGUUUGAAAGUAACAGAAAUUAA